UAAAAUCGCACCGGCUAGUGGCCACUGACAGUUGCGUCAUUCGCCAUUCGGCAUUCAGUAAAGUGUUGUGUUAUCGCAGGACGUUACUAAGUUGCCGCGCUUACGCAGUACGCGUAUAAAUUAUUAAAUGAGAAAUACAUGAAAUAACUGUCGUAUUUAGUGUUGCUAACAUUGUUUUUUAAGCAAAAUGUGGAAAUUAUUCAUAGUCGCGGUUAGUUUAUUGAACAUAUACGGAGAAUGUAGAUAUGGAAUAAAUUAUCAAAAUCAAGACUUCUCCAAUGAAAUCUCAACUCGCCGUCCCCACCACAGAGAGCACAAGGCAGGGCCCCCCGACCACACCAAGCUGGUUGCUAUGGCCAGAUACGUACUUCAUAAUUGCAAUUGGGCUUCGAUUGCAUCUAUAUCCGUGCUGCCAGCUAUAGAAGGUUUCCCCUUCUCUAAUGUUAAAUCUGUUGUCGAUGGCUCGCUCGCAAACUCCACUGGAGUCCCGUAUUUCUAUAUGUCACCUCUGGACUUCACAGCUCGUGAUUUAGCGAAAAAUACGCGCGCAACUGUUUUGGUGUCAUUGGAGGAAACAAGAUUCUGUGAGAACCAAAAAUACGACCCGGAAGAUCCAAGGUGCACCCGUCUUAUGCUCUCGGGAAAAAUGAAGAAGGUCAAAGAAGGCACAUCCGAGUUUAAGUUCGCGAAGGCCGCUUUGUUUGAAAGACAUCCGGCGAUGGCAACAUGGCCGACCGAUCACGACUGGUUCAUCACCAAAAUGAAGAUUGCCCAAAUUGCAAUGGUGGAUUGGUUCGGCGGCGCGAAAUAUGUGUCCGUUAAAGAUUACCUCGCUUAUAACUACACGGGAACCGAAAUGCUUGAUAAUUUCAGCCACCGAAGGCUCUAAAUACUAUAUGCAGUAUAUUAUUCAAAAUGUAUAAUAUGAUACACACAAAUAUACAAC